UGCGAGGGCCCGGGGGCGGGCGCCUCCGAAUGUCAGGAAACGGACGUCGCUACCGGGAAGGAGGAAGCCGCUGACAGGCGGGGACACACUCCUGCUGUCGCUUCCGGAAACCCACCUCCACCGCGCAGCCCUCCGCGCAUAGCCUGACGGGAAAGCAGCCUUCCGGAAGUGCUCUCUGGUGUGGUGGUCAUCUCUAGCAAGGACUCUGUCCAACAUCAGGGAGUGUCUUUGACAAUGGAAGGAACUGUCAACCUCCAGCUGAGUGCCAAAAGUGUGGGUGUGUUCGAAGCCUUCUACAACUCCGUGAAGCCGAUCCAGAUUCUCAACAGCACCAUAGACGUGCUGAAGCCAGGGAAGCUCCCCAGUGGCAAGACUGAGAUUCCCUUUGAGUUUCCUCUGCAUGUCAAGGGCAGCAAAGUCCUGUAUGAGACCUACCACGGCGUGUUUGUGAACAUUCAGUACACACUGCGCUGUGACAUGCGGCGGUCCCUGUUGGCCAAGGACCUGACCAAGACCUGCGAAUUCAUCGUUCACUCUGCGCCUCAGAAGGGGAAGCUGACUCCAAGUCCCGUUGACUUCACGAUCACUCCGGAAACCUUGCAGAACGUCAAAGAGAGGGCCUCACUUCCCAAAUUCCUCAUCAGAGGACAUCUCAACUCCACCAACUGUGCAAUCACGCAGCCCCUGACAGGAGAGCUGGUGGUGGAGCAUUCGGAUGCUGCCAUCCGGAGCAUAGAGCUUCAGCUGGUGCGGGUGGAGACCUGUGGGUGUGCAGAAGGCUACGCACGUGAUGCCACAGAAAUUCAGAAUAUUCAAAUCGCUGAUGGGGACAUUUGUAGAAACCUUUCUGUCCCUCUGUACAUGGUCUUUCCCAGACUGUUCACCUGCCCAACCCUGGAGACCACUAACUUCAAAGUGGAGUUUGAGGUUAAUGUGGUGGUCCUUCUUCAUGCUGAUCACCUCAUCACGGAGAAUUUCCCGCUGAAGCUCUGCCGGACCUAGUCCAGUCAUCUGCUCACACAUGGACGUCUAUCCGAUCAUGUGCUCACACGUGGACGUCUAUCCGAUCAUCUGCUUACAUGUGGACAUCUAUCCGAUCAUGUGCUCACACAUGGACGUCUAUCCGGUCAUCUGCUCACACAUGGACGUCUAUCCGGUCAUCUGCUCACACAUGGACAUCUAUCCGGUCAUCUGCUCACACAUGGACGUCUAUCCGAUCAUGUGCUCACACAUGGACGUCUAUCCGGUCAUCUGCUCACACAUGGACGUCUAUCCGGUCAUCUGCUCACACAUGGACGUCUAUCUGGUCAUCUGCUCACACAUGGACGUCUAUCUGGUCAUCUGCUCACACGUGGACGUCUAUCCGAUCAUCUGCUCACACGUGGACGUCUAUCCGGUCAUCUGCUCACACGUGGACAUCUAUCCAGUCAUCUGCUCACACAUGGACGUCUAUCCAGUCAUCUGCUCAUACAUGGACAUCUAUCCGGUCAUCUGCUCACACAUGGACGUCUGUCCAGUCAUCUGCUCACACAUAGACGUCUAUCCGGUCAUCUGCUCACACAUGGACGUCUAUCCGAUCAUGUGCUCACACGUGGACAUCUAUCCAGUCAUCUGCUCACACGUGGACGUCUAUCCAAUCAUCUGCUCACACGUGGACAUCUAUCCAGUCAUCUGCUCACACAUGGACGUCUAUCCGAUUAUCUGCUCACAUGUGGACAUCUAUCUGAUCAUGUGCUCACACGUGGACAUCUAUCCAGUCAUCUGCUCACACAUGGACGUCUAUCUGAUCAUCUGCUCACAUGUGGAUGUCACACGAGUCAUCUACUUGGACACCAUCCCUGGCAGCAUAUAUUUUCAUGAUUUCUCCUCAUUGCCUCAAAGCUUGCUUCCUUCAGGUGCCUUGCCUCAGCCCUCUCCUCUGGAAUGCAACAGGAUUUCCUCAUGUGUAUUGCGAGGUCACGGAAAUCUUCCCGACAGCUCCAGAUGUGCCUGCUUCUUUAGGUUCAGUAAAGCAGUGGUGUCUGCAGGUGAGAGGUGCUGGCCAGUGAGACCAGGGAGCAGAAGGAAUCCCUCUCCAGCUUGCCCAGACUCCUGACAGCGAAGGGCUGGCAACCGGGAGGCUCAUAGAUUGAAUCUGUGAUGCCCUCCAAGGAGACAGUGACUGCCCCUGGAAAUGUGGAGCUUUUUCAAAACCUCUUGAGCUCUUGAUAAUGUUUCACUAGAACUUCACAUUUUUUUAGGGAACUAGGAAAAAACAACAAAUAGCCCUUGUUCUCACAGGCGUGAGGGAAUCUGUGGCUGGUGGCUGGUGCUGGAGUUUUUGUGGUCUGUCGAGCUGGCAUGCAUACUUGAUGCUGCCAUAUUCCAGGACAUACUGAAAGGCAGGGUGGUUGCAGAAGGGGGAGAAUGCAUAUUGGCUGCUCCUUACUAGAUGAUUUUUGAGUGACCAGAGACAAUGCUGAGGAAGGAUGAUGGACGUGGCCUGUCCCUGACCCUGAGGGACCUGUGCUUUGAGCAGGGGUUUGGCCUGCAGUCCUUUCCCUCAGCCUCACUGUGGGUCAGACCGUGUGGAGACAGUUGUAAUCUUGCUGCUGGUCAGGUGGACCACAGUUAGUGAGCACUCUGCACUGGCCUGCCUUCACAGCUCCGGGGGGCAGGCCUAGGCAAGGCAGGCCCUGAGUGGCAGCCUCCUGCACUGCCCAUUCCUGUGACCGCUGAUGGGCACUGGGGCUCCCCAGGGAAACUGAGGAGACCAGCCGAGUCACCUGACAGUGGGUUCCCAGACAAUGUGUUUUUGAUUUGUCAAUUUUUUAUGCUUAUGUCACAAUACUUAUCUAUCCUUGAUGUAUUUAAACAAAGUCAAGUCACCAAAAAUGGAGGCUGUACUUUCUGAUCAGUUUGUAAGGAAAAGUCAUCUUUAAUGACAAUUUUUUUUAACAAAUAAAGAAUGCUAAACAGCUUUUUAAAGUGG